CGUCAACGUCAUCACGUCACCGGAAGAUCACUGAAUAGCUGGGGUCGCAGUUUUCUCCGCAGCACCUCCAGCAGCAGCAGCAGCAGCAGAGAGUCAACACGGCGCUGCGCCUCUCCGCUCCGGUUCAGACGCUCUGUGGAGGCUUUAACCACACUCCUCGGACUCUCGACAAGAAGCCAGCACACCUGUGGUACCUCACACGGUUUCAUCCUCGCGUUGAGCUGAGUUUUUAAAUGUUUAACUCAAUGUAACGGGGCCGCAUGGAGUCAGCGCUGAAGAGGACAACAGAUCAUCCGGCUAAUGUUAGCCGCUAGCCGCAGCCCCAGCCACGGAUUGAACGGUGCGGACUGAAGCUCGGUGCUGCUGCUGCUGCCGGACGGACAGAGGGACACAGGGACACAGGGACACAGGGACAGAGGGACAGAGGAACGGACAAUAACCGAAAACAAUGGGCCUCAUAUUCGCCAAACUGUGGAGCUUCUUCUGUAACCAAGAGCACAAGGUGAUCAUCGUUGGACUAGACAACGCAGGGAAAACCACUAUCCUCUACCAGUUUCUGAUGAACGAGGUGGUCCACACGUCGCCCACCAUCGGAAGCAACGUGGAAGAAAUCGUAGUGAAGAACACUCACUUUCUGAUGUGGGAUAUCGGAGGGCAGGAGUCUCUCCGGUCCUCCUGGAACACUUACUACUCCAACACAGAGUUCAUCAUCCUGGUGGUGGACAGUACAGACCGGGAGAGGCUGGCCAUCUCUAAAGAGGAGCUCUACAGGAUGCUGGCUCAUGAGGACCUGCGGAAAGCAGCUGUGUUGAUAUUUGCCAAUAAGCAGGAUAUGAAGGACUGUAUGUCUGCAGCGGAGAUUUCCAAAUACCUCACCCUGAGCUCCAUCAAAGACCACCCCUGGCACAUACAGUCCUGCUGCGCACUUACAGGAGAAGGUUUAUGCCAAGGACUUGAGUGGAUGACCUCGAGAGCUGGACUCAGAUAGCGCCCUCUCCCCCCCCGCCCGUCGACGGCCUGACUACCUGCACCACCCACAGGGUGGCACAACAGCAGCUUGUCCUUACUGGCUUAUUGUUACUUUUUAUUUUUUUAAAUGAUGAAUUUUAAUGGACUUUCGGCCUCUAGGGGAGCAUCGACCCCCACCCCACCCCUCCUCCUCCACAGCUUAACUGUUACGGGUGGAGCAGGUGGAAACUUUGAACCCGGCUGUGGAUGGAGACGACGCUUUUUACGGUAAAGGAGGAGAUGGAAGUUUUAAAGAGUGUGUCCAAGUGCGAAGCAGGGCUCAUUUACACUACAUACAUAUCAUGUUACACCACGCCACAUCAUGUCAGCGAGCAUGCCAUGGACACCACGUCGGUGCAGCUCUAUUCUUAUAUAUCUUUUUGCCUCUUUAUAAGUUUGUUCAGGUGGGAUAAUGAGGGGUUACACACAGUAUUGAUUUCACUCUUAGCACAGACAUUUUUAAAAAAAUCUGUUACACAUGAUUUCAGUUUUCAUAAGCUACAUUGUUUGUGGUUAUUCUCACACUACGUGGUCAAAUAUGAACCUCCCUUCUUGUUCUCAUUAACCCGGAGCCUGUACUUGCGUGUCAUUGAGCCAAACGGUGUGUGUGUGGAUUCCUGGAGUGCUGGCGUGCAAGCUUUCUCUUUAAAAACUGACCAUCUAGGAACAAAACGGACGUUAAUUUAAAUUUAGCGAAGAGUUGAAUGGCUGAAAUUUUAAGAAAUGCAGGUACAAAGCUCAGUUUUAUUAACAGUAUUUUAAAUUUAAACACUAUGUAUUUGUCAGUGAUGCAUUAUUUUUUAUUUAAUUUUUGCUUUUGUAGACUUUUUGUUUGCUCAUGUUGGCUCCCAGACCAGUUUUUUGUAUUAACAGACGAUCAUUGGUGCUCUCUGCAAAAGUGUGCGUGACUCAUCUCACCGCGUCCUCCAUAUCAACACCUCGUUAGUUUACCGUGUGGCCGUUUUUGGCUCAUAUUCCUCUUUUAAACAUUUUGUACUUUUUAAAGAAAAACAAAAAGGGAACCGCCGUCAAACAGGUGCCACGCGUUCAUGGGGAAAGUUGCGUCAAGACGAGUCGUGCGAUUACAAUACUUGAUCCUCAGCCUUAACCGUGCCGAGACGAGUGUCUGGAUGAGCGUGUGUGUGUCCGCUCAUGAUUUUUCACCCCCCUCGUUUGAUCCCUUAAUAACAGAUCUAUGCACGCGUCACUUUGAAACCAUGUAAACCUUUCUGAGAGUUCCCCAACGGCCAAAAAGUUGGAGGUGCAUGAGUUUCAUUGAACUGGUGUCCAUCUUGGUCAGGGAGGUGCCUCUGGGUCUCUAGAAUAGAUUUGUUUUGUUUUUUUGACAGGAGAAAAGGGUGAACUGUGCAGCCCCCAGACUCUUUAAAGGUUUACAGCUUUUACCUUGAUCUCACAAAGGAAGGGAACUGAUCAUGUACUCUCAGUGUGGUGGUGUCGAAGUCUGGGUCAUGUACUGUACUUCAGUUUUGUUUUCAAUAAAAGCUUGUUUUGAACUUUGA